GCGCGCGUUCGCUUCAAUUUAACCCCAAAUUCGAUUCCUCCGAUCGCCGCCAAUCAUGGACGUCUCCGUCGUCGCCGACGCCCUCGCGGUCACGGCCAAUCCCGAAUCUCCGGCGAUCGCCAAGCUCCUCCUCCUCCGCCGUUCCGGCAUCUUCAUCUCCCUCUCCGACCUCUCCGGCACCGCCGCCUCGCCCCUCCACGUCUCCGCCCUGAUGAACCCCGUCGACGCCGUCGCGCUCCCGCCCGUGAGGUCCGAUCCUCACCGGACCCUCGCCCGCGCCCUCCUCCGCAGAAGCCGCCGCGCGAAGCGGAGGCCGAGGCGGUCCGCCGGCGGUCCCGGCGAGGGAGACGGCGAUGGCGGCUCGCUCGACGGGGACGGUCCGUUCGGCGGCGGGUUCGGCUUCAGCGGCGGCGGGGGUGGGGGCGGAGGUGGUGGUCAGGGGUGGAAUUUCGACGGGUUCGGGGGCCAAAGCUGGGACGACUCGCAGCGGCGGCCUCCCUGGGGUUCCGGUUUCGCGCUCGAUUUCAUCUACGAGGUGAUUCAUUGGAUCGCGCUCUCAAAGUGCAUCCACUUCGCGUUCAAGAGGGUGGCGAGGAUCGCGGCAGAGUCGAUGAUCGGAGACGCGCAGCGGGGAGUGAAGGCUCCGGCGAGAUUGACGGCCGUGUGCUAAAUUGGUAAUAAUAUGCGCUACCUCGGCAAUACAAUGUUACUCAUGCUGAUUGGUGGAAGGCUAGUUGAUUUCUGGUGUUUUCUUCACCAUUCCUGUGUAAAUAGCGUACAUAGUAGACAGCAAUUGAAUUUAUAUGUCGUAUAUACAAUUAGACAGCAAUUGAAGGGUCGAUUCUUUCCGAUUAGAGUAUGCGAUAAAUUCUUUUCCAACGCGUGUUGAUAUGAGCGGAUCUUGUGGGGUCUGCAUAUCGUGAUCUGGGAAAAUCCAUAUUGUAGUGUGGGAUAUGCAAGAUUGUUUGUUACGUAUGUUUGGUCUUCUUGUGUUGAGAAAGAUUGUUCCUAGCUUACAA